AUGGUUCCUUCAACAAUAAUUUCACACCCUCUUUCACCUCCACCACCAGUCACACAACAUGCUCGCCCAACAUAUACAUAUGGGCCUCCUCUUCAAGACUCUCCACCAGUUCCUCCAAAAAUAGUUUCACCGCCUCCUCCACAACCAACACAUACAUAUGGACCUUUUCCUUCGCCACCUCUACCAUUCGAAACUUAUGGACCUCCAUCUGAAGAUUCACCACCUUCACCUCCGCCAUCUCCACCACCACCUCCUCCGCUCCUUCCAUUGCCCUCUUACGGACCACCAUCUUCCCCUCUUCCUAGCGAAGGGCCUCCUCCACCACCACCAUCUUCAUACGGCCCUCCUAGGUCAGUGUCUCCUCCACCAUCUCCACCACCUCCUCCACUCCUUCAACUGCCCUCUUACGGACCACCAUCUUCCCCUCUUCCACCACCACCACCAUCCUCAUACGGCCCUCCUCGGUCAGCGUCUCCUCCGCCUCCUCCUCCGCCUCCUCCUCCUCCACUUCUUCCAUUGCCAACCUACGAACCACCGCCUUCCCUGCCAUCCGAGUACGGCCCUCCUCAGCCCCCGCCCCCGCCUCGGCCCGAGUACGGGCCCCCGCCGCCGAGCCCGCCGCCGCCCCUGUACGGACCGCCCCCUGCGCUGCCCGCCGCCCCCUACGCGCCGUCGACAGCCCGUGGCUCGCUCGCCCCUCCGCCCCGGCGAGGCUACAAGCGCCUGGUGCGCAGGCGCCUGCUGUAG